AUGACGGGAGUCAAAGAAUAUUUCACCGAAUUGGAGGAGAAAAAGCUAGAUUUCUAUAUUGAGCUUGGGGACAAUCGCAAGUACCAAGCAAUUGGUGUAGGCAUAGUCAGGUUUCAAAGGGAGUCUGGCAAAACUCUAUUGGUGGAGGACUUGUUGUAUGUCAAUUUCAUGAUGAAUAAUUUAAUCUUUGUUUCUACUUUGGAGGACAAGGGUUACAUCAUGACCUUUGAAGAGGGCAAAGUCUAUAUCCAUCCAAAGAACACCAACGUAGAAAAAGUGAUUGGAGUCAGGCAUGGCAGCUUGUUUUGGUUGCAGUUUGAACCAGCACAUGCAUUGGUAAGAAUUUGCAGAGGGCUUGGAGAAUUGUAG